AUGAUAUGUACUUUGCUAAUUGCUCCAAAGGAGGAGGAGGAGGAGGAGGUUGUGGAUGAGCUUGACAGACAGACUCCGGGGCUUUGCUACUCAAUUGUGCUGGCAGCAUUCUUAUUGCUGGCAGGGGUCGCCUUCUUCACUUUGACUAUCCUACAUGCCACAGGCCACUUGCUCAGCAAAACAGGAGCGGGGUGGGGAUUCCUGGUGCUUGGCCUGCUGACAUUCAUCCCAGGCUUCUACCACUCCAGGAUUGCCUACUAUGCAUGGCGGGGGUACGAAGAUUAUGACUUUCAAAGCAUACCUAGAUUCUAG